UUAUUUAUUUUAACGAGGCAAACACAGACUGCUUGGCACAUAUGGUAACUUGUUUAAUAAUUGAACACAUGUAGAAUAAUUGUAAUUACAAGACAAAAACCCAUAAAUCACGAUCAGAUUCUACUGAUGUGGAAGACGUGCAUGAAUGCAUGGCGUGGUCGCUGUGUGUAAUAUAUUUGUGCACAGUCUGAGACCUUCAGUCAAGGCUAAACUGAUAAAAAUCCCUCAGAUGAGCAGUGAAGCAGCAAACCUCGAGGAAUAUAACGUUAAUACGGUUAUGUGUGACAGGAUCAGCAAGACAGCGGAAAGUGACAUGUUCACCGAGGAGGAACGUUUAAUCGGAGCAUUCGUUUAUCACGGAGAACUUAAAUCGAUGCACACUUGAACAGAACAUUUCAAAAUCGGGCACUUUUAUUUGAACUUACUCCAAAUGGACCCAGUGCAACAGAAUUGGUGCAAUCUGAAGCAGACAGUAGAAAUGCAUAAUGCAAAUCUUUAAUACAGAUCUAUUUCAGUUUUUAUUUCAUGAAGUUCAUGAAUGCAAGCCCACGAAUGUGACCCAUGAGCACGCGCUGAGGGAUCAAAGCUCCAUAAGCAGCUUUUGGCUUCAUAACAGAGUCAUUGUUGGACUUGGACUGUUGUUUUUGUCCUGAAUUUCAUCUAAUGAAGAUGAUGACGAUGAUAAACCUCGUGAGAGGGUCUGUGAUGAAGUUCCACGGCCUGUCGCGCGCAUCUCGGUGUCUGGCAGCUGAAGGCGGAGUGCGUGGGUUGUCCUCCUCAUCCUGUCCAAGAGUGUGUAUCGUAGGUGGAGGACCUGCAGGUUUUUACACAGCACAACAGCUCCUGAAGGCUCGACAUGACACAACCGUAGAUGUUUACGAGCGACUGCCCGUGCCGUUUGGACUGGUACGGUUUGGGGUCGCACCUGAUCAUCCUGAGGUCAAGAAUGUUAUUAACAGUUUUACUCAGACGGCCCAGCAGGAACGAUGCAGCUUCCAUGGCAAUGUGAAUGUGGGUAAAGAUGUGACGAUUGACGAAUUACGACAAGCUUACCACGCUGUAGUGCUGAGUUAUGGAGCUGAAGGAAAUCGGUCAAUGGGAAUUCCAGGUGAAGACUUACCUGGCGUUUUCUCAGCUAAAGACUUUGUCGGAUGGUACAACGGACUGCCCUGUAAUAAGGAGCUGCAUCCAGAUCUCACCUGUGAGACCGCUGUGAUUCUUGGACAGGGAAAUGUGGCCCUGGAUGUUGCCCGAAUACUUCUGGCUCCUGUAGAAAUGCUGAAGGAAACCGAUAUUACCCAGAAUUCACUAGAGGCAUUGGCAAACAGUAAAGUGCGAAGGGUUUUGAUCGUGGGCCGACGAGGACCUCUUCAAAUUGCGUGUACCAUCAAGGAACUCAGAGAGAUGGUCAAUCUGCCAAAGGUCAGGGCUGAUUUGCUGCCCGCUGACUUUGAGGGCAUCGCAGAAGCUUUGAAAGACCUUCCCAGGCCAAGAAAAAGACUGACAGAGUUAAUGAUGAAAGCCGCAAAGGAAGGAGGAGAUGAUAAAGCGGAGAAAUGCUGGGGCUUGCGCUUCUUUCGCAGUCCUGUGGAGGUUCUCGCGGAGGCUGAUGGGAAAAGAGCUACUGGAAUCCGAUUGGCUCUUAAUAAGCUUGAGGGUUCAGGCGAGAGCGCGCGUGCAGAAGUCACCGGUCAGAUGGAGGAUGUGGACUGUGGCCUGAUCAUCAGCAGUAUCGGCUAUAAAAGCAUUCCCAUUGAUCCCGCUGUGCCCUUUGACCCCCGAAGAGCCAUCGUGCCCAAUGAGAUGGGAAGAGUGCAGGACACAACAGGUCUGUACUGCAGCGGCUGGGUCAAACGCGGACCAACCGGCGUCAUCGCAACCACAAUGAACGACAGUUUUGAUACGGCACGUGUUUUAAUUCAGGAUAUGGACGACGGCAAGCUGGAUCUGUCAGUCAACAAACCAGGCGCCAAAGCGAUCACUGCACUUCUGCAAACACGAGGUGUGAGGACGGUGCUAUUUUCACAGUGGGAGAAGAUUAAUGCAGAGGAAGAGAAAAGAGGCAAAUCACUUGGAAAACCCAGGGAGAAACUUCUGGAUGUGGACGAGAUGCUGAAGAUCGCCUGGUCCUGAGAAGCGUUGCCAAGAGCACAUCUGAACUGAAAUAAAAAC